AUGGCAAAGAUCCUAUCGGGUAUUCCCAGAACACUGAACAAUCGUGAUGUUAUUAUGAUUGGAGGUGUAGAUCUUGCUGAUGACGACAAGAACCUGAAGAUAGUGUUGGGACGACUAAAGGACUACAACCUUACGUUAAGACAAGAGAAAUGUGAAUUCCGAAAGUCAACACUUGAAUUCCAUGGCCACUUAUUCACUGCAGAAGGAUUGAAGCUGAGUGCCAGCAAGGUCCAUGCUGUCAACGCCUUCUAGAAACCCAACACCAAAGAAGAAUUGGUAUCAUUUUUACAGAUGGUUGCAUACCUUUCUCGGUACAUCGAUCGAUUCUCAGGUAGAUGCGACAGCGACAGCGCUAACAACAGCACCAGUUCUCAUUCCAUAUCAACUAGGAAGAGAAACCUUAGUCAUUGUCGAUGGUAGUCCAGAGGGCUUCGGUGGAGCCUUACUCCAAAAGACAGCAGAUAGAUUUCAACCUGUCCAUUACGUCAGCCGAACACUGACUGAUACAGAGAAACGCUAUUCUCAAAUCGAAACGGAGGGAAUAGCAGCUGAAUUUUCCACAAAUCGACUGCAGAUGUACUUACUUGGAGCACCAAAAUUUAAGCUAGCGACUGACCACAAACCAUUACUUCCUCUUCUCAACAACCCCAAAGCGAAAAUUCCACCACGAAUUGAAAGAAUUAUAAUCAAGAUGCAGAACCUGGAUUUCGAAGCUAUCCACAUACCAGGAAAGAGCAACAUUACUGACUAUUUAUCACGACACCCUCUUCCAGAAACUAGCAAAGACCAUAUUGAGAAACAUGUCAACGCAGUGAUUCAAGCAGAUCACGCCACAUCCUCGUACCCAGGAUCUUUUUGGGAAAGACCCUGGUAUCGGCUGGUCACGUGACUCUACAAAAAUUGAUUGCCCAAGGGGGAGUGGCAAAGUACCAAAUCAUGCUUCCACAGAAACGUUAAAUUUCAAAUACCAGGAGUGGGAUUUUACGAUAUAUAGUUUGAAGCGCCCGCUAACUUAUAUUUUAUACCUCCGUUUGCUUUUAAAUUACAAAAACACUGUAGCAUUUUAUCAACAGUCAAGUCAAGAAACAAAUAAAAUGUUUACUUUAAACUUUGAAGUUGGGUAUUCUCUUGAAACAUAUUUUCAUAUCAAACUGGUCAGUCGUCAACGUUUGUACAUUUUCACUUUUAUCUGUUCCUAAAAUAUGCAAUUAGAUUUGUUGUUUGAAAACGUUGAUGAACUUUGUGCAGAUUUACUAAUAGCAUGCGUCUCAUUUUAUAGUGAAGGUUGAUAAAAUUUUGAAAUGUAAUUAACUUUUUGUCACAAAUCACAAUGUAAACAUGUGGACACUGCCGAACAGAGACUGAAUGCUCACUUUAAAACUGUCAAUGAUUUAUCUUUGAAAAUACUUUUAAUUACAUAGUUCGUCAUAUUUAUUAAAAAAACCCUGUAGAUCGGUAGGGUAGGAGGUUGGCAAGGUAGUAAAGUCAACAAUUUUCAGCCUCAGGGCGUGUAUCAUCAGGUGGUAUAUACAAUCACGGCUUUAGCCUGAUAAUUUUUUGGCCUCCAUGCACUAAGUAAUGGGGUAACAGCAAUAUUUAUAACAGUAUUUUUCUGAUAUACAGUACACACUUUAUAAUAUGAACAUAGUAGAUAAUUCCAUAAACCACGGAAUAAACAACGGCAUAAACCAUGGCAUAAACACUGAUAUCACAUUCACACUCGGUCAUCAAACACGCACAAACGAGUCUUUCACUUAUCUUUGAGUAGGCUAUUGUCUGAUUAUUUUACCGUAGGUUUGAUAACAGGGAGGUAUACUUCGACAUAUUUCUUGAGCAUCAAGUUUCAACAGAUUCUGGUUUUUCGUAUCUCUGAGGAUGGUUCUGAAGUUUCAGCAGUCCGAGUAGCAUUGUUUACAAGCAACAUUGUUUGCGAUAUUUCAGAAAUUAAAAAAUCUCUAUAUUUCGUUACACAUCUCAGUAUUAAAUAAAUCCUUUAGGAUAGACAUCAACAGCUAAAUAACAGCCUCAUUGCUCGGUACCGGUGUAGAAAUAUAUUUUCUUGUAACGUUUGCGACGUGUUGAUCUCUUCGAGUUCGACGAGCCGUAUCGGCAAAUUUGUCUAUUGAAAUCUGAUCUAUCUUUGCUCACCGACAUUGAAAUUUGAUAUUUUGCUCACCGGCACAAUGAAAUUUGAUAUUCAUUAUUAUGUAACAUUGAUAGUAUUCAUGACAAAAUAAAAUAUACAAUUUAGUAAAUAUUUCCUGUAUGAUUUCUGGGUUAUUUCUUCGCUCACUCCUUGCUCAAUGACAAAACUUACUUAGCUACCCACCCUAAUUGAAAUUGUUUGUUAUCUCCCAGAUUCUGGGAGACACGUGACCAGCCGAUAGCAGGGUCUUUCCCAGCCGGUGGAAAGUCCCUGCGACGGAGGUUGAUCACGCCAUAGUCUGGUCGAAAAUCAAGAAAGCCACGGCAGAAGACAAAGAAUUGUGCGAACUGACCGAAACGAUUGAAACCGGAAAUUGGAGUGAAGCAAAGCAGUUCUUGAAACCCUACUAUGAAGUCAGAGAUGAACUCUUUGUCGCGGAUGGAGUGAUCAUGCGAAUGGACCGUAUUGUACCACCCCAGUCCCUGAGACAGAGAAUCAUCCAGUCAGCCCACAAGCAAGGACAUCUCGGAGUGAAUAAGACGAAAGAAAUGAUCCGAAGAAAGUACUGGUUUCCUGAAAUGAAUACCAGAAUAACAGAUACAGUACAAACAUGUUUCAACUGCCAGAUUGCUACAGAUCACCACCAUAUCGAGCCAGCAAAGAUGACAGAGUUACCAGACCGACCAUGGGAUGUGGUAGAAGCUGAUUUUUGUGCACCACUGCCCAACCACAAAUAUGCACUGGUACUUACCGACCAAUAUUCACAAUAUCCAGAAGUGGAGAUGGUAACAUCUACAUCCACAAUACCAGUGACAAAGAAAUUGAAGAAGAUUUUUUCUACCCAUGGAAUACCCCGAAUACUACAAACUGAUAAUGGCCCACCAUUCAAUGGUGAACAAUUCCAAACCUUUGCUGAAGACAUGGGAUUUCACCACAAGCGAGUAACACCAAUACAUCCGAAAGCGCAGGGCCAAGUGGAAAAUUUCAAUAAGCUGAUCAACAAAACAACAAAGAUUGCCUGUGAAGAAGGAAUCGAAAUCGAGAGUGCAAUAUAUGAUAUGUUACAAGCAUAUAGACAGACACCCCAUCCGGCAACAAAGUCAACGCCGUACGAGGUUUUGAUGCACCGUCAAGUUCGAACAUGA